CAGCRCCCUUGCCCGACCCUGYCRCWGCCCUACUGUUCGGCCUUGUUGCUGUUAUCCAAGGACUGCAGUCUAAUCAGCCAGGAGAGCACAACAAAGCGACAGCAGCACCUGGUCCUGUGCUCAGGGCCGAUAGCCCAGCUGUCGGUUGUGUGCUCAGGGCCGAUAGYGCARCUGUYGRUCCUGUGCUCAGGGCKRAUAACACAGCUGUGCCUGGGGGUGAGCUAAGGAGAYCAGAWGAGGCUUACAGGCCAAGACCARGCUACGUCAGGCUCUUUGGCCUGCCARAGACUGUCACCAGCCAGGAGAUCUGCCACUUCUUCAAAGGCCUGUUGGUCCAGGAUGUGAUAGCUAAUGUGAAGCUGGGCGUGAGACAGGGCUGCCUUGUAAAGUUUGGKCAUGCCCAGGACGCAUGUGAUGCYCUAAGCUUCAACCACCAGCAACUGGGCCGCAUCAGCGUGGAGGUCCGURGGGCCUCUGAGGAGAUGUGGMGCUAUGCCAUCCAGCAGUGUCAGAACCCUUCAUAUGACCCCUUGGAAAACCCCUUGUAUWGGCCCACAACSCAGAGAGAUAGAACCUCGUACAACCCCCAAGAAAUACCCUCGUAUACAAUCCAGAGAGAUGGACCCUCAUUAGAAUCCAAGGAAAUGCAGCACCAGGAAAGGGCAAAGCCCUCAUACAGAACCCAACAACAAAGCUUGUAUGAGCCUGACAGAGAAACACACAGGACCUGGGCCAAGAGGCGCUCUGAGGACAGGUCGCUGUCACGGUCACCGAAGAGGCCCAGAUCCUGUGAGUCCCUUUCACAGAGCGUGGAGUACUGUAUUAUGGCCGAAAAUCUAUCCAAAACAAUAACGAAGACUGAGAUAAAAGAAUUGUUUGGCUGUCCGAACAUCGCCAACAGCAAAAUAUUACACUUACUGUAUAAGGAUAGCGAGAGGACAGAUACAGUGUUUGUAAUAUUCGACCAAACGGAAGACUACGUUUAUGCUUUGAACCUCAAYGGCUGCCAUGUUGGUUCCCAGGCCAUAGACGUCUCCUCUGUCACCAAGGAGAAGAUGCAAGCCAUGUUGUCAACUGGGAGACACCAUGGCAACCCCAAAACCACACCAGCAGUGUCGGAGCGAAGCAAGGAGAAACAUCAGAUUGAGAGACCCAGGGUGAGACAGUUUCCCACAGCACAGACAUGCGUUUACGUACGAAACCUCCAGUCAGACGUGACGAAAAUGGAAAUAAAAGAUUUUUUCUGCGACAUUCCUCUGACUGAACAGUUUWUCUACAUUCUGCGUGAUCAAGAUGGCAACGGCAUCGGUGAGGCUGUGGCUCAGUUUAAAACGGAGGAUUUUGCCACACAGGCCCAGAAACRRCAUGGCAAGACAUGUAUGGGGACCAGAGUGCUGCUCACCUGUAUCAGCUUCCAACAGAUGGAGGACAUCUAGAAAAGGAAUGCGUGAGGAAAGACGACCUACUCCUCAUAUUUACAUUUGUCAUUUAGCAGACGUUCUUAUAGAGGACUGCAGUCUAAUCAGCCAGGAGAGCACAACAAAGCGACAGCACCCCGUGAGUGCAUACUUUUUUCUACUGGUCCCCCGUGGGAAUUGAAACCCAAAACUUAGCGUUGCAAGUGCCAUGCUAUACCAAUUGAGAAAUACUGGACAACUGUUGACCAGAGCCACAUGGGGAUCUGGUUGGAAGUAGUGGAAUCUGGAGGAUAGGGUGUCAUCUGAGAUUGUCCCUAAAACUCUAAAGAUGGCACUUUAGGACUGAGCUCAUCACUGGAAUGAGCAUCCUUGAGGCGUAGUGGCUUCGAGAAGUGUUAACCCCAUACCCUCCAGUCAGGCAACAGUUACAUUUGGACAAGUCUAAACUGGAUAUGAGUCAAUAUCCAAUGAUUCCAACUUUAAUUUCAAGACCUCCCAUGGUAUAGAGACCCUUUAAUAUUUCUAUAAUACCAAUGGUGGCAAAUCAUUCUACACCUGCAGGUUGAUUUUAAAUGCAUUUCACACUGUGCAACAUUGUGACAAUGUUUGAAAACCAGAAACAGUAUAUCAGGCAACAGGACAGCAUUUCAUUUCUCUUCUGACAUUCCUUAUUUUAUUGGAUUUUUCAUUCCAAAAAUUACUUUGAAACCAAUAUUUGUGUAUUUUUGUCACUAAUUAAAUGUUACCAAARUGA